UCUCUCUCUCUCUCUGAAAUGGGGGGCAAGGAUUUACUCUUUCUUCCCACGUCUUCUACUUGUUACACCACUACCCUCAGGGCAGAAAGGAGGCUGGGAACUCUGAGAGAGGCUACUUGUGUCCAAGGGUGCACUGACUUGUUCCCUAGCUCAUCCCCCAGAGUACUCGCGCUGCUGUCUCUCCCCCACCUCUUGCCCUCCAGGGGGCCUGAAGCCUCAGCCAGCUGUUGGAAACCUCUGCUCAGGCACGCCAUGAAUUUGAGGACAGCUGGAUUCCAGGGCAAAAAGCAACUCACAUUGGUGUCUAUGUUUGUGUACCUGCCAAGUCACCCCAAGAUGAGAUAACUCAUCUCAAAAAUUUUUUCUUCAUUUAAAAAUCCUCUACCCUUUCCCCUUCAUUUCCUUGGGGAGAAGAAAGUGUGGUCUUUGAAGAGGAACCUUUAUAAUUAUAGGAGUCUUUCCCCAACCCUUCCAAAUACCGACAAAUUUCCAUCCUUUCUGGAGGAUUGGGGCUGUAUUUCUAAAAACCAACACAAAUUGUCUGGCAGGAAGACUCUUCAACCCCCUAACGAGGCUCAUGUAUUAACUAACAUGUUGUCUCCACCAGCUCCUGCACACUGUCUGCUUUUGGGUUCGAAACUUUAUUUUUCCCCCCUAGCGACACUCCAGGGAAACCUUAACGUUACAGAAGAUGAAUAAACGAGUUUUUUCCCAGCGUAGUCCCGUUUAUGGCUUUAUUGCUACCCAUUGAUUACUCCGCUUUGUUACACAGAAGGAAAAGAUCAUAAAAUCCGGCGACAUCCGGGUUCUUGUUAUAGCCAGUUCCCCCCCAACCCACCCAAAAAUGGUGGGGGGAAAUAUGAGCUUUCACUGCUCCUUACGCACUCCCCAUCACCCCUCUUUGUCAACUCAAAGCAUUUUCAGCCUAUAUCACGAUAUUAAAUUAAGUUUGGACUAAUCAGGAGAAAACCCCCAUCUGCACACUUUCCGCUGUUUCAGUUCGCUACUGCGGCUCCCUCACAAGCCUCGGAUUUAGCUACCUUUUUGUAACAGUGUCUUCCUUUUUUUUUUUUUUUAACCCCCAAGGUGGGAAAAAAUAGGGAUUGAGGCUGUUGGGAGGCCCAUCCCCACCAGGAUUAACUAGCACUUGGGCUAGCUAGAGCUCCCUAGAACCCCUUUCUGAAGUCUCCAAGCCACAUAGCUCAGGUCCAGGGGCGCCUCCACUGGCAGUGCCCUGAGUCUGGAGGGGGCAGGGGGCUUCUGACCCUUGCAGGGGCUUGAGGCUACAGGAAGCUAACUGUCCAUCAGAGCCCCAGCAGCCUUCUCUUUCUGGCUGGAUCCUAUGUGAAUUAACCCACCGGCCCUCGCUGGCUCCAAAUCAUAAAUUCUCACCAACAUAAACAGGAGUUGAUGUCUCUAGAAAGAUUCUCAGAGUUUUCGUUCUUCUUCCUUUCUCUCUCUCUCUCUGUGUCUCUCUCCACUCCGGUUCCACCUCCCUACAUUUUGCUUCUUUUUCUCCUUUUUCUAUUGGAUUUUUAUACAUUUUCCCUUUUAGGUAAAAAUGCUGGAAGAGUUUUCCCAAAAGAGGGGUCCUGAGGAGGAGGCAGAAGAGGGCCAGGAUGCAGAGGAAAGCAGAUGCAUGGGCCCUUUGCCCACUUAAGCUCUGCCACUGUACCCUGAAGUCUUGCCCCUUUAGACGUAGCUGUUCCCCACAUCCCACCUGCAUUCAAGACUCUGGGCCACACUCUACUUACUCAGGGGAACAGGUUUAAGGAAAUUCCUUUCUACUUUUGAUUUUUUUUAAUUUUUGGAGAAAAAAAUACUAGUUUAGUGAUGGGACUCACUCUAUGAAGCAUCAAACCAGGAUUUCCUGCAGGAUUUCUAGGGACCUCCUACUGUGCUGGGAGGGAGUUCCUCCCAUGGAGAAAUCAGGAUGUAAUUUUAGAAGGGGGCAGAUAUAAAAGAUGAAACCAGAUUGCAAAUACAGGGAUUUCUCUAGCCCUGGCUCUGGCCACAUCACAGCAAAGUUAGCUGGGGCUGAGAGCUUUCCCGGGAGGACAGCUCUCCUUCCUGUGUCCCAAGGCCCUGCUCAGGGACAUGCACCCCUCCUUCACCACCAAACCAGUUCCCUUAUAUAUAUAUAUAUUUAAAAGAAAUCCAAGUCUUACUUUCAAAGCACACACUUAGUCUCAACUAGGGAAUCAACAGAAGCAGAAGCGAUUUUUUUUCCCCCUUCUUGACAUCUGGCUUGCGAUUGGCUGGGAGGGGGUCAGCUGACUUUGUCAUUUUGUCUGUCCUGGAUUGGAGCCGUCCCUAUAACCAUCUAGUUCCGAGUACAAACUGGAGACAGAAAUAAAUAUUAAAGAAAUCAUAGCCCGACCAGGUAAAGGCAAAGGGAUGAAUUCCUACUUCACUAACCCUUCCUUAUCCUGCCACCUCGCCGGGGGCCAGGACGUCCUCCCCAACGUCGCCCUCAAUUCCACCGCCUAUGAUCCAGUGAGGCAUUUCUCGACCUAUGGAGCGGCCGUUGCCCAGAACCGGAUCUACUCGACUCCCUUUUAUUCGCCACAGGAGAAUGUCGUGUUCAGUUCCAGCCGGGGGCCGUAUGACUAUGGAUCUAAUUCCUUUUACCAGGAGAAAGACAUGCUCUCAAACUGCAGACAAAACACCUUAGGACAUAACACACAGACCUCAAUCGCUCAGGAUUUUAGUUCUGAGCAGGGCAGGACUGCGCCCCAGGACCAGAAAGCCAGUAUCCAGAUUUACCCCUGGAUGCAGCGAAUGAAUUCGCACAGUGGGGUCGGCUAUGGAGCGGACCGGAGGCGCGGCCGCCAGAUCUACUCGCGGUACCAGACCCUGGAACUGGAGAAGGAAUUUCACUUCAAUCGCUACCUAACGCGGCGCCGGCGCAUCGAGAUCGCCAACGCGCUCUGCCUGACCGAGCGACAGAUCAAAAUCUGGUUCCAGAACCGCCGAAUGAAGUGGAAAAAAGAAUCUAAUCUCACGUCCACUCUCUCGGGGGGCGGCGGAGGGGCCACCGCCGACAGCCUGGGCGGAAAAGAGGAAAAGCGGGAAGAAACAGAAGAGGAGAAGCAGAAAGAGUGACCAGGACUGUUUCUGCCACCACUCCCCCUUUCUCCCUCGCUCCCCACCCCAACUCUCCCCUAAUCACACACUCUGUAUUUAUCACUGGCACAACUGAUGUGUUUUGAGACCCUAAAACAAAAUUAGGGAGUCAAACGCGGACCUGAAAGUCAGCUCUGGACCCCCUCCCUCACCGCACAACUCUCUUUCACCACGCGCCUCCUCCUCCUCGAUCCCUUGCUAGCUCGUUCUCGGCUUGUCUGCAGGCCCCUUUCCCCGCCCAGGCCUUGGGGACUCGGUCCCUGAACUCAGACUCUACAGAUUGCCCUCCAAGUGAGGACUUGGCUCCCCCCACUCCCUCAACGCCCCCACCCCCGACCCCCGUGCAGAGGGCCGGCUCCCGGGCCUGGGGCCUCUGCUCCGGGGCCUCAGGGCCCAGCCUGGCAGCCGGGGAGGGCCGGAGGCCCAAGGAGGGCACGCCUUGGCCCCACACCGACCCCCAGGGCCUCCCCGCAGUCCCUGCCCAGCCCCUCUAACCCAGCAAAUGCCCAGCCCAGGCAAAUUGUAUUUAAAGAAUCCUGGGGGUCAUUAUGGCAUUUUACAAACUGUGACCGUUUCUGUGUGAAUACUUUUAGCUGUAUUUGUGGUCUCUGUAUUUAUAUUUAUGUUUAGCACCGUCAGUGUUCCUAUCCCAUUUCAAAAAGGAAAAAAAAAAAAAAAAAGAGGGAAAAUUACAAAAAGAGAGAAAAAAAAGUGAAUGACGUUUGUUUAGCCAGUAGGAGAAAAUAAAUAAAUAAAUCCCCUCGUGUUACCCUCCUGUAUAAAUCCAACCUCUGGAUCCGUUCUCGUAUAUUUAAUAAAACUGACAUUAUUUUUAAAAGUUUA